AUGACUGAACUAGAAAGCACAAACCUUGUCGGUCUUUCGGACUGGUCAUAUCGUAGAAACUUUUACCAAUCGCAACAAACUACAAAAAAUCCUCAAGAUUUGGUUGUAGAGACUCAUAUCCAAGGAAAACCCCCGUACUCGUACGCAACUCUCAUCACAUACGCAAUCACCAAUAGUCCUAACAAACAGUUGACCUUGAAUGAAAUCUACAAUUGGGUCAUGGAAAAUUACCCUUACUACAAAACUGCCGGAACUGGUUGGAAGAAUUCUAUUCGUCAUAAUCUAUCACUCAAUAAAACAUUUGUUCGAGUGCCACGUCCCAUCAAUGAACCUGGAAAGGGUUCUUAUUGGACGGUAGAUUUUCGAGCAGCUGAGGCAGAGCAGCAACAUCGGUCAAGGAGUCGUAACAACCGAUCAUCAAGCGAUCCCACACCAUACCGACCAGAAACAUGGUAUGAUCCAAACCGAAGAUAUCGUGAAUCAAUGACAGCAGUACCAGAAAUGGGAAAUCGAUCAUACCAUCUAGCACCGAACAUGGUUAGCGAUUACAAUAUACAGCAAAAUUACUCGCGAGCAAUACGCGCACACAGAUACCCACGUCCAAUGGGCCCAUAUAUGCCACCUCAAGGAAUUGAUAAUCAAGGUGCGAUUCCAACACAAGGCGCAGGAAUGCCCUAUGGAACUGGCGGCAUUAGUAAUUUGACUGCUGUCACGAAUUAUGACAUUUCAUACGACCCCAAUUCAUUACAUAAUUCAGCUGCCCAUGUCGACUCCCAUCCUGGCGCAUUUAACAAUUACGGUACUCAUCAAAUCUACUCCUCUCCAAUUCAAGCGCACACUGAAUCAACAAAUGGCCAAGUCGGUCAUUCUUCAUUUCCAAAUCACGCGAUGCACUCUCAAGGCGUAAGCGAAUACGAGAAUUUCAACACCUAUCAUCAACAGACAACUGCCGCAUCAAGUGAACCACGAUUUUAA